AUGUCGAGACGUCCUGCCAAAGGCGAGUACAUCGAGACGGAUACCGGCAACAAAGUUGCUCGGAAAGCCAUUCUCGUCGGUACUCAAAAUAUCAUGCUCGGAGGAAAGUCGGUGAUCCAACCAGAAGCCAUGAUCCGCGGCGAUCUCGUGCGAUCGCAACCGUCAUCCUCGUCAGGCCAAGGAUCCGGAAGCUCGACGUCGGUCGCUAUGGGUCGAUAUUGCUUCUUAAGUCGGGGUUCGUUGCUCCGACCUCCGGGCCGACUGUUUAAAGGGAUUUACAGUCAUAUGCCCCUCCGCAUGGGAGACCAUGUGUUUGUCGGAGAGAAGACGGUCGUGCGGGCCGCCAGCAUAGGCAGCCACGUUCAUAUCGGCCAUAACGUCGUGAUAGGCGAGUUCGCGAUUAUCAAAGACUACGUCAAGGUCCUGGACAAUGCGAUCGUCCCGCCGAAUAUGGUCAUCCCGAGCUUUACCAUAGUGGCCGGGCAGCCGGCACGUGUUAUCGGAGAAGUGCCAGAGGGGGCUCACGAGUCAUUCGAGCUUCGGGAUCUCUACAAGACCGUGGGGAACCAUGUGCCGCCUCCUGCACCGUGA